UCUCUACAGUGAGUAUAAUAGCAGCAAGGGACUGCGGGGGAGUCUAGGAGGAGCCGCGGCAAGGUCGGCAGCAGCAUCUUUUUACAGCAGGACUCGGGGUGGUUCGUCCUGCCUCAAGCACGAGAUUUACCCAAACAACCGGAUUACUUCCUGCGACAUUACAAGAAAAAAGUGACGGAAACGGCUCUCGUUUGUACCGAGGAAGCUAACGAACUAUCUUCCAUCACUACCGCGAUCCUGUCGGCUUUCUCAGCGGGAAAACCCGCGUGUUUCUUCUGUUCCGACCAACAUUCUGGGUCUUCACCCACUUUGUCCAGUGAGUUUGCAAGGCCCCGUGUGUCCACGCAUUUCUGAACCAUGUCAACGCCGUCUCCAGAGCCUUCCGCCCCGGCAGAUGCCGCCGUCACGGAAAGCACUUUUCUGUCUCCGGAUGCGGGGCAGAGGCCGCUCGGUCCAACGCCCAGUCAGAGCCGAUUCCAGGUGGACCUCGUGGCCGAGGCUGCUGGCGCCUCCGAGGAGAAGUCCCCGAGUUUAGAGAGCUCCGCUGCUGCCCCGGAGGCCGCGGGAGAAGAAGCUAAAGGCCGAUUUCGAGUGGUGAACUUCGCGGAUCCAGGGAGCGCGGCCUCCCCGGAGGCUGCUCCGCCCGAAGGGCUACAGAACGGGGACACCGUGAUGAGCGAGACCAGCCUGCACUCGUCCACCGGGGGCCCGCAUCACUAUCACUACGACACCCACACCAACACCUACUACCUGAGAACGUUCGGGCACAACACCAUCGAUGCCGUUCCCAACAUUGACUUCUACCGACAGUCGGCGGCGCCGCUCGGGGAGAAGCUCAUCAGACCCACUCUGUCGGAGCUCCACGACGAGCUGGACAAGGAGCCAUUUGAGGAUGGUUUUGCAAACGGCGAUGAGCUGACACCGGCUGAGGAGGCUGCCGCUAAGGAAGCAGCUGAACCUAAAGGAGUGGUCAAGUUUGGCUGGAUUAAAGGGGUUCUGGUUCGCUGCAUGUUAAACAUUUGGGGGGUAAUGCUCUUCAUUCGCAUGACCUGGAUUGUAGGUCAAGCUGGGAUUGCUUUCUCCUGUCUGAUUGUCCUCAUGGCUACCGUGGUCACUACCAUUACCGGUCUCUCCACUUCAGCCAUCGCCACCAAUGGAUUUGUUCGAGGAGGUGGAGCAUAUUACUUGAUUUCCCGGAGUUUAGGGCCAGAGUUCGGAGGCUCAAUCGGUCUGAUCUUUGCCUUUGCUAACGCUGUGGCUGUUGCCAUGUAUGUGGUGGGCUUUGCUGAAACGGUUGUAGAACUUCUCAAAGGUGCCGAUGCUCUCAUGACAAAUGAGAUCAAUGAUAUCCGGAUCAUUGGCACCAUCACAGUAAUUGUUCUUCUGGGCAUUUCUGUGGCAGGAAUGGAAUGGGAGGCCAAGGCCCAGAUUUUCCUGCUCGUUGUUCUGAUCACAGCAAUUAUCAACUACUUCAUUGGAUCCUUCAUUUCUGUUGAAUCAAAGAAAUCUAUGGGAUUCUUUGGCUACGACGCUUCCAUCAUGUGGGAGAACAUGGGUCCGGACUUUCGAGAAGAGACUUUUUUCUCUGUGUUUGCCAUCUUCUUCCCUGCAGCCACCGGCAUUCUAGCCGGUGCUAACAUUUCAGGAGAUCUUGCAGAUCCACAGAUGGCCAUACCCAAAGGAACUCUUCUGGCCAUUUUAAUCACAGGAAUCGUCUACCUGGGGGUUGCUGUUUCAACAGGCUCCUGUAUUUUGCGAGAUGCGACUGGAAAUGACACCCAUCGCCUCUCUUCUCCGUUCAUGGACAACUGCACCGACGUUUCAUGCAAGUUGGGCUUUGACUUUUCCAGCUGCAAGGCAGGAAAUGAGCCAUGCAGAUAUGGGCUUCACAAUGACUUCCAGGCAAUGAGCCUGGUUUCUGGUUUUGGACCCAUUAUCUCUGCUGGAAUCUUCUCUGCUACGCUGUCCUCAGCUCUGGCCUCCUUAGUGAGCGCUCCCAAAGUCUUUCAGGCUCUGUGUAAGGACAACAUCUACCCGGGUAUCGGAAUUUUCGCCAAAGGCUACGGCAAGAACAAUGAGCCACUGCGAGGCUACAUCCUGACCUUUGGAAUUGCUCUGGCCUUCAUCCUUAUUGCUGAACUGAACACUAUUGCUCCAAUCAUCUCAAAUUUCUUCCUGGCAUCCUACGCUCUGAUCAACUUCUCAGUGUUUCACGCUUCUCUGGCUAACUCACCAGGGUGGCGUCCCAGCUUCACGUACUACAACAUGUGGGUCUCUCUUGCUGGAGCAGUCCUGUGCUGUGUGGUGAUGUUUGUCAUCAACUGGUGGGCUGCCCUCCUCACCAAUGUCAUAGUCUUAGGUCUCUACAUCUAUGUCAGCUACAAAAAACCAAAUGUGAACUGGGGCUCAUCUACUCAAGCUCUCACCUACCACCAGGCCCUGACCCACACACUUCACCUGAGCGGAGUGGAGGACCACAUCAAGAACUUCAGACCCCAGUGUCUGGUGAUGACCGGCUACCCUAACUCCAGACCUGCCCUCCUGGAUCUGGUGCACACCUUCACCAAGAACGUUGGCUUGAUGGUCUGUGGUCAUGUUCGCACGGGCUACAGAAGACCAAACUUCAAAGACCUUGCUACGGACCAGUCCCGGUACCAACGCUGGCUGAUGAAGAACCAGACCAAGGCUUUUUACACCCCUGUGUUUGCUGAUGAUCUGAAGCAGGGUUGUCAGUACCUUCUCCAGGCAGCUGGUCUGGGUCGCCUUAAGCCAAACACUCUGGUGCUGGGCUUCAAAAAUGACUGGACAGAUGGAGACAUGAUGAAUGUAGAAACUUACAUCAGCAUGAUCCAUGAUGCUUUCGACUUCCAGUUUGGUGCUGUCAUUCUUCGGCUGAAGGAAGGACUGGAUGUCUCCCACAUCCAGGGCCAAGAUGACUUGCUGUCCUCCCAGGAGAAGUCUGCAGGAGCAAAGGAUGUGGUCUUGUCCAUCGAAACCAGCAAAGACUCCGACUCAUCCAAGCCGUCCUCCAAGGCCACCAGCCUCCAGAACAGUCCAGCCAUUCAGAAAGAUGAUGACGACGACCGCAAAGCUACAACUCAGCCCCUGUUGAAAAAAGACAAGAGGAGUCCCACCGUUCCUUUGAACGUGUCUGAGCAGAGACUGCUGGAGGCCAGUCAGCAGUUCCAGAAGAAACAGGGCAAGGGCACAGUGGACGUGUGGUGGCUGUUUGAUGAUGGCGGUCUGACACUGCUGAUCCCCUACCUAUUAACCAACAAAAAGAGGUGGAAAGACUGCAAGAUUCGGGUCUUUAUCGGUGGAAAGAUCAACAGGAUUGACCACGACCGUCGAGCGAUGGCAACUUUGCUGAGCAAAUUCAGGAUAGACUUCUCAGACAUCACUGUGCUGGGGGACAUCAACACCAAGCCCAAGAAAGAGCAUGUGGCUGCCUUUGAGGAGAUGAUUGAGCCGUACCGGCUGAAGGAAGACAACAUGGAGCUGGAGGCAGCAGAGAUGCUGAAGAACAGUGAGCCAUGGAGGAUCACAGACAAUGAGCUGGAGCUGUACCGCGCCAAGACCAACCGUCAAAUCCGACUCAACGAGCUGCUGAAGGAGCAUUCAAGCACAGCCAACCUCAUCGUAAUAAGCCUGCCCUUGGCCCGGAAGGGGGCCGUGUCCAGUGCCCUCUACAUGGCCUGGUUGGAGGUACUGUCCAAAGACCUGCCUCCAGUCCUCCUAGUGCGUGGCAACCACCAGAGUGUCCUCACCUUCUACUCUUAAACCCCUCUGGUGGUGAAGGAACGCCACGUUGUUCUCUGCCCCUGGAAUCAGAUCCCCAUAUUCCAGCCUCAGCUCACAAGACACAUUCCAGCGGGGCAGAACUCACAAACAAAACACUGAUGAUGUUCAUAUGCAUUAGACAGAAGUGAUGUGUGAUUGUAACAGGAAUGUCAGGGUAGGAGCUGCCUGCAAUGUUCCCCCCUUUAUUUAUUCUAAGAAGUUCCGAUUUUCCUCCCACUUCUGCUUUUUUCAUUUAAAACCAGUUGUGUGUAUUGAAAGGAUGAGUCUUAACAGUUGGAGCGUGUGCACAGACGUGCCACAUGCGUGUGAUGAAAUGUUUUCAUGUUUGUUGCAGCAAUAAUCACCCUAUUGUUUUCUUCAACUGCUAGGAGAGAAACUUGUAGAAUGCUUAGCAACACCUUCUGAAGCCUUAUGGAAGUGCCUUCCAGUCUGAUCUGAUGAAAUAACCUGUUUCUUUCUAGAAUGAUUAUAUUAGUUAUUUAUACUGGUGGAUAAUUAUUAGUUUUUAUUGUGGUUCCUUUAUAUUUGGUUCAGUUUGGGUAUGCUAGCAGAUUUUAGUGAUUAGAAGUGUCCACUUGAUUGCGGAAACUCUUACUGUUGUUUUAACAUUUGCCCUGAUCCGUGCGGGGCGUAGCUUUGGUUUGCUUUCUUUGCGUUGGUCUUCCUUUGUAAAGCGGUUCAAAGUAAACGCCGGCCUCAGUUGCGAUGUUUCAGGCGCAGAAAGUGUGUGGGGUUUUAGAGGUCUUACAAGUUUGUCAGGUGGAAGAUUUGUUUCUUUUUUCACAUGAGCUGCUAAAGUCUUUAGUCUACAUGAGUUCUUCCCUCUGCACACUCUUUUUCUACCCUCAAGCUGGUCAAACUUUGCCUUAACGAUAGAGCCAGCGUUUGUUUGGAGCUCUUCUGAAGCCAUACUGGCUGGGCAGUUUGUGGGUCAUUGAUAAGAACGAUCCAUCAUUGUGUCCCAAGUGUCAGUACGAUAUAUGCAUUGGAGCACAUCCUGUAAGAUUUCAGUUGAGGAGCGUACCGCCGGCCUCCAGGUGCUCUGCACAACACACUACAUUUAUUACACACCUUGUAUUCCCAGAAUAUUGGACUAUCAGAGGCCAAGCGAGGAUGGACUUCUAUGCACAUGAGCCCACUCACCCACAUCCCAGUUCUGUAGAUUUGCUUUGAUUCAAGCAGACCUUGGUGACAACAGCAAGACGUUAAAGAAAGAACUUCACAGUCUAAAACCUGAGGUCCAAAGGGUUCUGUUUUUAGCUAUUGCUGGAGACAAUGAUGUAGAUUUGUUGGUCUGUUACAGCUUACAGCACAACGUGAUCCUUACUGUGUUUUGGAGUGCUGAAGGUCGUGUGACUCUAAAUGAAUGUAAGUGAAACAUGCAUGCCACUGGAUACCAUUCUAAAGUAAUUGCCUAUACAAUCAUUAAAGAUGAAUAAACACAGAACUAAGACA